GUAUUGUGUGUUUGUAUCUUUUAUAUUAGUUUUUAGAUAUAUAAAAUAUUUUAUCUAAUACCUAACCUAAUAAAGGUGUGUACACAUAAUACAAAAUCUAUUUGGAAUGUUGUGUACUCUGUGUCCCGGAUGCUACAAAGUGUUUCGUACAGACUACCGUUAUAUAUGCUUAUUGUUCUGACGAUGGCCGUCGAUUGUUAUGAACGGUUGAUUCCGCUUGUUCAAACGGUUCUGCAGCAGCACGAGUUGUGGAAACUGACGGAAGCUGACUCGUCCAGUCUUGUUGACUCAAUUCUUUCUUCAUCAGAGCGUUUGAGCGUUAUCUGCGAGUCUAGACAACAGCAACACUUGUGGGGUUGUUUGACGGAGCAAAGGUUUCCUGACCUUCCAUCACGAUUGCUAUACAAGCAAAGGAAAUCAAUGGAAACGUUACUGGAAGGAAUGCAACAGACAAUAUCUACCUUCAAGUCUGUUAGCAGUGAAAUAGCAUGUCAGUACAAGACAGCAAUGGACCACGUUUUCCAAGAAUUUGCUGGUCGAGUGAGUGAAGACGAUGGCAAGAAGAGACAUACGACUCGACCUUCUAUUCACGACAUACUCCACUGGCUCGGUGACAUUACAGAUUUCUAUAGUAAAGAAGUGAUGAGGAAAGAGAGCUUGCUGGCUACUCUGAAAUGCGAGGAAGUGGAGACAGUCACAAAGAUUCAAGCGCAAUGGUAUAACAAGUUGGCUUUUCAGCAAGCAUAUGAUACAAUCCAGUAUCUUCGGUUCACCACAGGUGAACAGAAAAAGGAUUAGUUGGUUAGCUGUCACAGACAGCAAGGGCUGAUGUGUUACUGUGGUCAACAGUGAUUACUACUUGUCAAGAUGUCGUCUUGGCUCGUUUUGCUGCCAAUUCUCCUGCCUAAAUGAGAAGGAACGGGUGAAUACUAUGAUAGCUCUCUUAACUGUUAGGAACCGACCGUUCCAAACUCGUAAUAAUGAGGUGCUAGCUCAUAUAGCCACUCCGGUUCAAUCUGAAAGAAUAAUGAACCAAACAUGAUAUCUGUUAAUAUAAACUCUCAAAAUUUCAUAUGUCGACACAAAGGCCAUCAUGCAGUCAGGCACACUGGUCGAUCAUUGAACAGACAGACAGACAAACAGACAUGCAGGCAGGCAAGAUGAGAGUGACAGGCAGAGAUAGGAUGCAUGUAGGCAGGAGACACAUUGGCUGAGACCCAAACAACAGAAUCUCUUUACCACAGUGAUGUCUCUCAUGUAAUCUUUGUUUGUCUGAAUAACCUCGUGGAACACCACCCUACAACACAUCUGUAUCAUCACAACGCAUCACAAGUCGAUCAACUCCACACACCAUUGCGGCAAUUUC